AUGGUAUGCGUCGUGGCCUGCGUCGUGGCCUGCACCAUAUCCUACGUCGUGACUUGCAUUGCGGUCAACAAAGGUGGCAUGUUCCCCAUACGAACCACAAUGGCCUCCCAUUGGGACGUCAUGCAGUCAGCGAAAGAGACACGGCAUUGUGCAGACGACGACGACUGUGUUUUUGCGGGCGGCAUGCUGUGCAUGUGCAAAAUGAAACAGGAUGACAACCAACAAAAUUAUGUGUCCUAUCCGAACGAGGCAAGAGGGCUCGACAAGCAGCAGAGUAACCAAAAAAAGGAAAAAAGAAAUGCAAAAGAAAACAAUCAUUUCCUCAUCUAA